AUGCGGUGGCAGCAUAGCGCCUUUUGGCUGGGUGCCUUAUUCGCAACUGGCGUGUUUUCAAACGAUGUUAAACUAGCACAGGACAAUGUUAAUCGACAACAAUGCUCUGGAAUGUACGGGAAGAAGGCCUGGGGCGGUGAUAUCAACCCAUUUAUCUUGCUGCGGAUGGAGGCCGUCAAGGACAAGAAAGACCCGAUUAUGAGCUUGGCGAUAUUUGAAUGGAAAGAUGAAGCCUUGAUCGGACGUGACUUGACAGCGAAGGAUGGAUCGAUACAAAAAAAGCUGAUAUGCGGUCCCCCGAGUGUCGAGGCGAAGCUCUGCACCGAAAAGGAAAUAGGCUCAUUUAUCCUUGCGGAAAAUGCCACCGAGAGAGCAAAAUCCCCCCUCGUCUCCCUUGCCAUAAACAUGAGCGACCCUAAACCGAUAAAGUACCCAGUGUCGAAGACUGGAUUUUACUGUGUUACUACUUACCCCUAUACGGAUAUGGAAUACGAAGGAGUUGUAACCUUCAGAAACGCCUACGGAGAACUGCCUGCCACACAAGUUCCAAAAUUAGCGUUCUACGGUGGUUUGACCAUACUAUAUGCCCUGAUGGGAGUAUUCUGGGGUUUCCUAUACGCUCAGCACCGCCAUGAUAUCUUACCUGUACAGAACUAUAUCACCGCAAUCAUCGUCUUCUUAGUUGUCGAACAACUAAUCACAUGGGGUUUCUACGACUACCAAAACCGGUACGGUACGAAUGCCGUUUGCAAGGUUCUAAUGGUCAUUGUGUCCAUCUUAAGUGCAGGACGCAAUUCGUUCUCCUUUUUCCUGCUGCUCAUUGUCUGCAUGGGCUACGGAGUCGUGAAACCCUCCCUUGGUCGAACCAUGAUUUACGUCCGUAUUCUCGCCAUUACUCACUUCGUCUUUGGAGUGAUAUACUCCGUUGCCAGUCUCUCUAUUACCCCAGAUAGCGCCGGCCCGCUAGUACUUCUUGUUGUUCUUCCGCUCGCAGGCUCUCUGACCGCAUUUUAUGUCUGGACCCUCAACUCCUUAAGUGCCACCAUGAAGGACCUCAUUAGUAGAAAGCAGCACGUGAAGGCAAUGAUGUAUAAGAAACUUUGGUGGUGCCUUCUGGGCAGCAUAAUUGUUAUCUUUGCAUUCUUCUUCAUCAAUUCAUUCGUGUUUGCUAGCACAAACGUAUCUGAUUUGAUUCCUGCUCAGUGGAAGAGCAGAUGGUUUGUUCUGGAUGGCUGGCUUAACAUUGUUUAUCUGUUCAAUAUCGCAUACAUAUCGUACUUGUGGAGGCCCACUGCCAACAAUAAACGGUUUGCUAUGAGUGAUGAGCUUGCUCAAGAUGAUGACGGCUUCGAAAUUCGCUCUGUUACUAGCUCCCUGGAUGAGGAAGAUGCAGUUGAGAAUCCAAAUGGGCGUGGCAACAGCCGACCCCCUGCAGGUACACAGGGAAAUAACGGCUCUCAAGCCCGUCAUUCCCUCGAUGGAGAGACUAUAUUCGCUGUUGGGGACGAUGUGGACCGGUGGUCCGAUGACGACGUGUCUCCACGAAACUCAACUGAUAGGAAGAAGUUGAUACGCAAAGAUGAUUAA